CAGAAAAGCUUUCAGCCAUUGCGCGCCUCCCGGGGGUGCAGCCUUGCUCCUGGCUUUUUGCAUAGACGCACGGGCAAUUGAAUACAAAAAGGGCAGGCCUCCUGCGCCCUCCUUCCCACCCCCCUUCUUGCCCUGGGUGUGGAGCACCGGCCAGGUGUGGGCUUGGGUGGUUGGUUACCGCCUUUUGCACCAGCGGCAGUGAGGAGGGGGGGUGGGCGCUCUUUCCUUUUCUCUUAGAAGAGGUUUCAGCGCAGGUUUUCUCGUUCUCAGUUCCACCCCACCUCACCGCCUCCCGACCCCCCUUCUCCCCCUCCCCACCUAUCGUCAUGACGGCCUCUCCGGAUUACUUGGUGGUGCUUUUUGGGAUCACUGCUGGGGCCACCGGGGCCAAGCUGGGCUCGGAUGAGAAGGAGCUGAUCCUGCUGUUAUGGAAAGUCGUGGAUCUAGCCAACAAGAAGGUGGGACAGUUGCACGAAGUACUAGUUAGACCGGAUCAGUUGGAACUGACGGAGGAUUGCAAAGAAGAAACUAAAAUAGACGCCGAAAGCCUGUCCUCGGCGUCGCAGCUGGACCAAGCCCUCCGACAGUUUAACCAGUCAGUGAGCAACGAAUUGAAUAUUGGGGUGGGCACUUCCUUCUGUCUCUGUACUGACGGGCAGCUUCAUGUCAGGCAAAUCCUGCAUCCUGAGGCUUCCAAGAAGAAUGUACUACUACCUGAAUGCUUCUAUUCCUUUUUUGAUCUUCGAAAAGAAUUCAAGAAGUGUUGCCCUGGGUCACCUGAUAUUGACAAACUAGAUGUUGCAGCAAUGACAGAGUGUUUAAACUUGGAGAAGGAUAGCUCGGUCUCCCGCUAUGGAGCCUCUCAAGUUGAAGAUAUGGGGAAUAUAAUUUUAGCAAUGAUUUCAGAACCUUAUAAUCACAGGUUUUCAGAUCCAGAGAGAGUAAAUUACAAAUUUGAAAGUGGCACUUGCAGCAAGAUGGAACUUAUUGAUGAUAACACUGUAGUCAGGGCACGAGGUUUACCAUGGCAGUCUUCAGAUCAAGAUAUUGCAAGAUUCUUCAAAGGACUCAAUAUUGCCAAGGGAGGUGCAGCACUUUGUCUGAAUGCUCAGGGUCGAAGGAAUGGAGAAGCUCUGGUUAGGUUUGUAAGUGAGGAGCACAGAGACCUAGCACUACAGAGGCACAAACAUCACAUGGGGACCCGGUAUAUAGAGGUUUACAAAGCAACAGGUGAAGAUUUUCUUAAAAUUGCUGGUGGUACCUCGAAUGAGGUAGCCCAGUUUCUCUCCAAGGAAAAUCAAGUCAUUGUCCGCAUGCGGGGGCUCCCUUUCACAGCCACAGCUGAAGAAGUGGUGGCCUUCUUUGGACAGCAUUGCCCCAUCACUGGGGGGAAGGAAGGCAUCCUCUUUGUCACCUACCCAGAUGGUAGGCCGACAGGGGAUGCUUUUGUACUCUUUGCUUGUGAGGAAUAUGCACAGAACGCGUUGAGGAAGCAUAAGGACUUGUUGGGGAAAAGGUACAUUGAACUCUUCAGGAGCACAGCAGCUGAAGUUCAACAGGUGCUGAAUCGAUUCUCCUCGGCCCCUCUCAUUCCACUUCCAACCCCUCCCAUUAUUCCAGUACUACCUCAGCAAUUCGUGCCCCCUACAAAUGUCAGAGACUGUAUACGCCUUCGAGGUCUUCCCUAUGCGGCCACAAUUGAGGACAUCUUGGACUUCCUGGGGGAGUUCUCCACCGAUAUUCGUACUCAUGGCGUUCACAUGGUAUUGAAUCACCAGGGCCGCCCUUCAGGAGAUGCCUUUAUCCAGAUGAAGUCUGCGGACAGAGCAUUUAUGGCUGCACAGAAGUGUCAUAAAAAAACCAUGAAGGACAGAUAUGUUGAAGUCUUUCAGUGUUCAGCUGAGGAGAUGAACUUUGUGUUAAUGGGGGGCACUUUAAAUCGAAAUGGCUUAUCCCCACCGCCAUGUUUGUCUCCUCCCUCCUACACGUUUCCAGCCCCUGCAGCAGUUAUUCCUACCGAAGCUGCCAUUUAUCAGCCCUCUGUGCUUUUGAAUCCACGAGCAUUGCAGCCCUCUACAGCAUACUACCCAGCGGGCACCCAGCUCUUCAUGAACUACACGGCCUACUAUCCCAGCCCCCCAGGUUCGCCUAAUAGUCUUGGCUACUUCCCUACAGCUGCUAAUCUUAGCGGUGUCCCUCCACAGCCUGGCACGGUGGUCAGAAUGCAGGGCCUGGCCUACAAUACUGGAGUUAAGGAAAUUCUUAACUUCUUCCAAGGUUACCAGUGUUUGAAAGAUAUAUGGUGAUCUUCAAAAUGCCAGACACAAGAAAACUUCUAGCAACUUCAGGGGAAGUUUGUCUACACUCAGGCUGCAGUAUUUUCAGCAAACGUGAUUGGAUAGUGGGCCUGUGCCUUAUCUUUUGGUGGAGUGAAAAAUUUGAGCCAUUGAAGCCAAAUCCUUAUAGCAAUUAGCAUGCAGCAUACCUGGCUCCUUGCUGAUUGCAAACAGGCAUUUAAAAUGUGAAUUUGAAAUCAGAUGUCUCCAUUACUUCUAGCUAAAGUGGCAUCAUAGGUGUUUCCUAAGUUUUAAGUCUUGGAUAAGAAAUUACUCCACCAGUGUCUACCAUCUCUACCAUGAACUGUCAUGGAAGCUUCAUUUUUUGUGUAUUCCUACUAUUUUCUCUCCAUCUGCCUGUCUUCUGCACAAUCAUGCCCUCUUACUAAGUAAUUCAAGCACAAAGUCUUGGAAUAUUUAAAUCACAAACUUAAGGAAUGUGGUACCAUUGGUAUUUUCGCAGCCUUUUGGCCAUCAUCAUGUCUUACAGUUAAAAAUCGAUUAAAAUUAUGUUUAAAACACUUGACAACAAAUUAGAAGAAAUGGUGCACUGUCCACAGAAAUAACAAAGCGUGGAUCUUUUUCUCAGCAGGUACCAGUUGUAAAUAAUGAACUAGGGGCCAAAAUGUAAAACCAAAAACAAAGCAGCUACAUAUAGUUAGUAAUUUCUAGUUUGAACUAUAACUGAAUAUUGUGGCUUCAUAUGUAUUAUUUUAUAUUGUACUUUUUUCAUUAUUGAUGCUUUGAACUUUAAUAAGAAUUCCACAGUUUUUAAUAUCACAGAAAUGAGACUAUUUUGAACAAUGUAUUCCAGAAAACAAUGUACUAACUGAAGUGAAUUGCCUGUAUAUAUUAAGAUAGCCUUAAACCUUUUUCUCUAAAGCCUUAACUGUCAAAUAAUUAAAACUUUUAAAAGCAUAGGACUUUAGUCAGCAUGCUAGACAGAGGUAAACACUGAUGUGGAUAGAGCAGGUACUGAUGCUGUCAGUGUUUAGCACUAUGUGUUCAGCUGUGUUUAUGCUACAGAAGUGCAAUAUUGGACACUAGCUGGUACUGCUGCCUCAUGUAACUCCAAAGAAUAAAACACGAUGUGAUUAAGUGCAUUGAAUGUUGAUAUUUCUUUUGUUACUCUUGUUGUCCUUUGCUUGGAUGCAAUGCCAUGCAGAUUUAUGUGGCUGCUAUUUUUAUUUACUUUGCAUUACUUUGAUCAACACCUUGAAUGGAGAGCCAAAAAGGUCCUGCUUCAGCUGACCAGCAAUGGCCCUUUGAGUGUAGUAGAAAAAUAAAAAAACCAACAUUCUGUGUGAAAAUUGGUGAUAACUGGCACUUAAGAUCAGAAAGCAAGUUGUUUAUACUUGAUGCCUUAAGAUGCUGUCUGCCCAAAGCUCUGAAAGACUUUAAGAUAUUCAGUAAUACUUACUACAAUACUAUUGAGUUUUUGUAGAAUUGUUAACAUUUGAUAAUAAAACUUGCCUGCUUAAUCUCAA